AUGAGUGUCACAUUCGAAGUUUUCCGGGGCUCGGAGGAGGGAAAGAUUGUCCCAGAUAAGACCACUCGUACCUUGCAACCUAAUGAAGUCUUUAUCGAGACUACGCAUUCCGGUCUGUGUGGAACCGACGAGCACUUUCUACACUCUGGACAGGUCCUGGGCCACGAAGGCGUUGGCAUCAUUCGUCAAAUUGGACGCGAUGUCACAAAUGUCAAGGUUGGUGAUCGUGUUGGAUUCGGAUACACUCACUUUGUGUGUGGAACUUGUGACAAGUGCUUGAGCGGAUGGGAUCAGUACUGCGAGAAAAAGAAGGAGUAUGGUUCUCAUGACCAUGACCUGGGGUCCUUCGGCGAGGGUGCAGUUUGGGAUGCUGGCUGCGUAGUCCCUAUUCCUGAUGGAUACGAAUCGGCUGAUGCGGCGCCCUUGAUGUGUGCCGGCGCAACCGUCUGGACUAUUUUGUCUGAAUAUGGUGUCCGCUCUACCGACCGCGUUGCCGUAAUGGGCAUCGGUGGUCUGGGUCACUUGGCGAUUAAGAUAGCCGCUGCCAUGGGAUGCCAUGUCGUUGUUCUAUCCAGCUCGGAGGCCAAGCGGCAAGAGGCAUUUGACUUCGGUGCCUCUGAAUAUCAUGUGUUCCGUUCUGGCCAGCCAAUUUCAGAUUUCAAGCCGGUGAACCAUCUUCUACUUUGUGGAAGUGCCAAUGUGGAUUAUCCCUCUUUGCUCCCCUUGAUGGACAUCCAUGGUUCUAUCUACCCGUUGACUGUCGACUUCGCGCCAUCACCGGUUCCGCUUCUCAUGAUGAAUUUGAAGGGUAUCCGUAUCCAGGGCUCCCUCGUUGCCUCGCGUCGCAGCCUCCGUUCGUUGAUGCAAUUCGCCGCUGAAAAGAACAUUGUCCCGACCUCAAUGACCUUUCCUUUAAGCAAAGAAGGAAUUGAGAGUGCGAUGCAGACUCUUCGCAAUGGAAAAAUGAGGUACCGCGGCGUUCUGGUGCGCCAGUAG